GUCACCAACUUGUUGUGGAGAGCUAGAGGAAGAUGGCGUCGUCCAAGGUGAAGCAGGACAUGCCUCCUCCGGGAGGCUAUGCCCCGUUUGACUAUAAGAGAAAUCUACCGAAACGAGGACUGUCGGGAUACAGCAUGUUCGGCAUUGGCAUAGGCAUCAUGAUGUUCGGUUACUGGAGGCUUUUUAAGUGGAACAGGGAGAGGAGACGCUUGCAGAUUGAGGAUAUGGAGGCCAGGAUAGCUCUGAUGCCUCUGCUGCAGGCGGAGAACGACCGCAGGACCUUACGGAUGCUGAGGGAAAAUUUAGAAGAGGAGGCGAUUAUCAUGAAGGAUGUUCCAGGCUGGAAGGUUGGUGAGAGCGUCUUCCACACAGACCGCUGGGUCGCCCCUCUGACAGAGGAAGUGUUCAACCUCCGGCCCCGUGAAGAGCUCUUGAACAAGCGUUUCGGCUUCUUGGCGUACGUGUAAAACCACCAAGACAGACAUUGUCCCCAGUCACACCACCUUCCGCAACCAGAACCACGUGUACCUGAGCUGGCGCUUAAUCCAGAUUGUAAAUGUUCAAUAUUAAAGUUCUUUUUUUCUGUACCUUA